CGCAGCUGAGUUGGAUAAGGCGCUGGGCUGUUUGUUACAGAGGCAAGGGUUCGAAUCACUCCAUGCUCAACAAGAUAAUUUUCAGCAUUUUCCAAGUAUUUUUGGGUCAAAGUAUCGCGAGAAUAUAUCUCUAAAUUAUCACCAUUUCAGCUUGGAAAUUUCAGUCCAUGACCAAGACUAAUGCAAACAACGCUAUCAAUCCAGUGGCAGAAUGGCGACUAUAAAUAUAGACCAAACGAAACGUACGUACCAAGUGGCAGAAAUUUCAACACAAAAAGAUCAAACAUUGUCAAUCGUUCAAAUGCGGACAGUGACAGACCAUCAACUAACCCAUAAAAAAUAAGUGAAACACCACCCCGUUCAUCGCACAUGCAAAUUCGCAAAUGCCCAGAAAAAAAAAUGUUUUUAAACACUUUGCUUGUCUUCUUCUUCCUCUUCCCAUUUUGCACAUCCAUUGACACCAUAGCAGCGAACCAGCAUUUGAAAGAUGGUGACUUUAUAGUUUCCAAAGAAAACAACUUUGAAUUAGGCUUCUUCAGCCCCGGCAACUCGAGCUCUCGCUACGUUGGGAUUUGGUAUGUUAAUAAGUCUGAAAAGGCAGUGGUUUGGGUUGCAAACAGAAACAAACCCAUCAAUGAUACCUCUGGUGUUCUCACAAUCAACAGGUACGGAAAAUUGGUUCUUUAUGCUCACAAUAUUGACAACGUUUCUAUUUGGUCAACAAAUGCGUUGGUCGAAACCACAAGCACUUGCGUAGCUCAGCUUUUAGAUACAGGAAAUUUAGUGCUUUUACCGGAUAGUAUUAGUAAAAGUGAAAGCUUUAUAUGGCAGAGUUUUGAUUAUCCUACAGAUACUCUACUUCCAGGAAUGAAAGUUGGGUUGAAUUGGAAAACUGGGAUGGAAUGGGUUUUAACAUCUUGGACGUCCCAAAAUGACCCUGGAACUGGGAACUAUAGCUUGAGGCUCUAUUCAAACCAGACUGCUACGGCCCAAUAUUUUCUGUACAAGGGUUUGACCAAAUAUUGGAGAAGUGAUCCAGGGCCAUGGCCCAAUUUUGUGAGUAAUAAUGAAGAAAGGUAUUAUUUCCUUUUAACUGAUAACACCUCUGUAAUUAGAUCGGUGUUGACGGAUUAUGGGAUACUACAACAACUGAGAUGGAAUGAUGCUGUUAAUCAAUGGGAGGAACAUUGGGCUGCACCAAAAUACCGGUGUGACCGAUAUGGACAGUGUGGGGCCAACAGCAAAUGUAGCCCUGACAAUUUUGAUGUGUUUGAAUGUGAGUGCCUACCGGGGUAUGAACCAAAAUCUUUGAAUGAUUGGAACCGGAGAGAUGGGUCAGACGGGUGUGUGAGCAAGCGAAUUGGGGUGUCAAACUGUGGGGAUGAGGAUGGGUUUGUGAAGGUGGCGCGGGUGAAAGAUCCGGACACAUUGAAAGCAGCACAAUUGUUGCCAAAUACUGGUGCCAAUGAGUGUAAGCAGGCGUGCUUAAGCAAUUGUUCCUGCACGGCGUAUAUUAGCAUAGGAUGGGAAGGCCGCAUUGAUUGCAUGGCAUGGUACGGUGAGUUGUGGGACAUUUUAGUACACACGGAGCUAGGGCGAGAUCUAUAUGUUCGUGUGGACAAAAUGGAAUUAGCUGAGAAUACCAGAAAAUCAAAAGGUUUUCUCAAAAGUAGGGGCUUGCUGGCUAUUCCAAUGGCGGCUGUUGCAUUGGUACUAAUCAUUGGGUUUGCCUGCUGGUGGCUUAAGAAAAAGAGGAAGAUGAAAGGUAUGAGAAGUACUCAUCUGCUUUGAA